UCAUGGACCACGAAGAACCCCCCUGGACCACGGCAUCGCGGUCCAGGCUGUGGCCGCGACACCGUGGACCGCAGCAUUGCGGUCCACGAUGCCUCCUCUCUCGCCACGGGUGAGACAGAGGGAGGAUCUCUCUCUGUUACAGAGAGAUCCUCCCUCUGAUCAAGCUGCGACACCGUGGACCGCACCACCACGGUCCACGGUGCCUCCCCUUACAGAGAGAGAGGAUCUCUCUCUGUUACAGAGAGAGAGGAUCUCUCUGUAACAGAGAGAGAGGAUCUCUCUCUAUAACACAGAGAGAUCCUCUCUCUGUAUGCUUAAUGAUCUCGCGGUCCACGGUGGACCGCGAGAUCCUCUCUCUGUUGCAGGGAGGAAGUUCUCGUGGACGGCGAGCUCUUUUCCCUCUCUGUUACAGAGGGAGAGAGAGAGAGAGAACAGAGAGAGACAUCUCUGUUACAGAGAGAGAGAUUUCCCUCUGUGGUUCGGGUGGACCAAAUUUUUCCUCUCUCUUCGGGUGGACCAAGUUUUUCCUCUCUCUGUUACAGAGAGAAAGAUAGAUUUGUAUUUAGAAUUUUAAUGGAGUUUGGUAAUAUUAUUGUUGCCUUCUAACUUAUGAUUGGAUCAUUUUCUGUCAGGUACUAUCACCUAGUGGCUCAGAAAUUUGCAAUCUCCAUUGCACUUUGAAGCUUUAAGAAGUAUGGGCAGCAUUGACAAUAGUUCUGAGGAGAAUUAUUCCAGUGAAGAUGAGAUAGUUGAUAAUGAUAAUUAUAAUAUUCUACUAACUGCAACUGUUGGUAUGGUUACUGAAUAUUACACAAAAUAUAUUGAAAAGGAGCCUUGUAGGACCUCUUAUCAAACUGGAUACAAGUUUGUAUCAGAAAUUUUACAUGGCAAUCCAUAUAGAUGCCAACAACAAUUUCGAAUGGAAAAACAUGUAUUUAUUAAUCUGUGCAUGGAAUUGAAAAUCAAAUAUGGUUUAAAGGCUUCUAGAUAUAUUCCUGUUGAGGAGCUGGUGUCUAUGUUUUUGAUGAUUCUAGGACAUGGGUUUGGGAAUAGGAUGGUUCAAGAAAGAUUUCAACAUUCCGGAGAAACAGUUAGUAGAUAUUUCACCCAUGUUUUAAAUGCUGUUUUAAGGAUGUCCAAGGAUAUUAUUACCCCGCUGGAUAAAGAGUUCAAAAAUAUUCCAAGUAAAAUCCGCGAUGAUCAUCGUUGGUGGCCUUAUUUUAAGGACUGCAUUGGAGCAAUUGAUGGCACCCAUAUACCAGUGAAAAUUUCUCCAUCCAAACAAGUACCAUAUAUUGGCCGAAAAGGGAUUCCUACACAAAAUGUUAUGGCUUGUUGUGAUUUUGAUAUGCGUUUCACUUUUGUUUGUGCUGGAUGGGAAGGUACUGCUCAUGAUACUCGUAUUUUUUUAGAUGCUAUACACAGAAAAGAGCUCCAAUUUCCACACCCACCUAGAGGUAAAUAUUAUUUGGUGGAUGCAGGAUAUCCUCACAUGUUGGGAUAUAUGGGGCCUUACAAAGGGGAGAGGUAUCAUUUACCAGAUUUUCGACGUGGAAGUCAACCAAAGGGUAUGCAUGAAAUCUUUAAUCAUGCACAUUCCUCCCUGAGAUGCACUAUUGAGAGGACAUUCGGAUGCUGGAAAAGUAGAUGGAGAAUGUUGAGUACCAUGCCCAACUUUUCUUAUCAUAAACAAGUCCAAAUUGUGGUGGCUUCCAUGGCUAUUCAUAAUUUUAUUAGAAAUCAUGCAAUCAAAGAUUUGGAGUUUCAGCCUUAUGAUGAUAAUGAGGAUCUACUCCCUUCUGAUUGUUUAGAGAUUAAUGAACCACAGGAAGAACUGAGUGCAGAGCAAAGCCAAAUAUUGGGUAACCGUGAGAUGGAUAUUCUGCGUGAUCAUAUUGCUUCUCAACUUAUAGCUCGUUGACUUUUGAGUGCAGUGCAAUUCCACAUGUUGUUUUAUUUUGUAUUUGACCAAACAUGAAUGUUCGUUGUAUUUUUGUUGCUACUACGUCAACAAUGUAAAAAAGUAUGAACAAGGUAAAGUUAGAGAGGAUGGAUAUUAACUAUGUGCAAUCCUUGAUUAA